AUUAAUCUUCUCUUCUUUGCAAAAAGUAAGGAGAUUGUUGGUCAGAAACAAACACAAAUCUAUUUGCCUAAAAAAACCACAGGCAAGAACAUUUUAGAAGGCAUACUCAAUGAAUUUCCUGGACUGCAGUUGAUAGCAAACAAUGUUGUCUUGUCCCUGAAUGAAGAGUACAUAGACAACAAUACAGAAGUGAACCUUAGGGCUGGUGAUGAAAUUGCAGUCAUCCCACCAGUAAGUGGGGGUUAA